AUGUCAAUACUCGGAACUAAGGAUGGCCUGCCUUGUUUACGCGUUAGGAUGAGCCGUCCUUCCGUUCCGAGUAGAGACUGCUCGAGUCUGGAACUCAUCACCAUGUCCUUCCUGACGAUGUGCCUAUCCCUCGACAACCUCCUUUUCUACAUCCGCGUCUGCGCCGUCUACUGCAAGAAAAGAUCCGUCGUCAUUUUCUUCGGGGGUUUCUGGCUCGAAGUUGUCUGUACGGCCGCACUUAUCACCCCUACCCUUUCCGAAGCCGUCGUCGACAUCCGCCCCACGAGCUCUUGCUUAGAAUUCGCUUAUAAACGUUCCAUGAUCCCGGCCAAUAUCGUGGUACUCCUCUACGGAAUGUUCGUUUGCGUGGCGACGUCGUAUCGGUUCUAUCAGUCGUACAGGAUUCAUGACGCCUCUCUUCCGAAGGCCCUGAAAAAGCGCGGUUUUGGCCUCGAUGCCAGCUUUCUCCAAGACCAUCCUAUACCAAAGCCAGUUGUACUACUUUGCAGUCGCACUUUGGAAGGGUGGUACAUUUGCUACUACACUUUCGGCUUGAAACUUCUCAUCACCAGGCAUCUUGCGCCAGAUACCGUCAUCUUGGAGAACACCCUGACUUGCCGAGUGUUUAGGAACACGAAGCUCGUGCUCGCUACGGAGCCAACAGAUCUCGGGACGCUUCGCUUUGGGUCUUCUUCGAUUCUCGAACCUCGGUCAAGAGCCGGUGAGGCAACGCAGUGUCCCGGACCUGCGGAUGGCAGGGAGGAAGGUGGAAUUUAA